UCCGCCGCCCCGUAAGUACCGGGCGCUCCGGCCGGCCGAGCAGCUGUGAUGGGCGCCCGCGGCGGCUCGGGGCUCUACGUGGGGCGCCGUGCGGCCGCCCUGCUGGCUGCGGUGCUGCUGGCCCUGCUGGCCGCCCUGCUGGCCCUCGCCGCCCUCUACGGGCGCUGCCGCGGGGAGGAGGCGCCCCCGGCGCUCCCCUCGCCCCCCGAGGGGGUGGCGGGUGGGGCCGGUGUCCCCGGGGCUCCUCCGGGGGUCCCGUCGUGGCGGCGGCUGCCCCGGCACCUGCUGCCGCUGCACUACGACCUGGAGCUGUGGCCGCGGGUGCGGCCGGGGCAGGCGGGACCCUUCUCUUUCGUCGGGCAGGUGAACAUCACGGUGCGCUGCCGGCAGGACACGCGGGCCGUGGUGCUGCACAGCGCCGGGCUGCGCAGCCGGGGAGCCGCCGUACGAGGACCCCUGCCCGAGCCCGGAGACGCCGUCCGGGGGUCCCUGCCCGAUCCCGGAGCCGCCGUGGAGGUGGCGGAGCUGCGGCAGGAGGCGGCGGGAGAGGUGGCGGUGCUGGAGCUCCGCGGGCGGCUGCGGGCCGGGCGGCGCUACAUGCUGCAGCUCGGCUUCCAGGGCCACCUGGAGGAGGACCUGGACGGGCUCUUCCUCACCCGCUACACCGACCAGGGCCGCAGCAGCAUGCUGAUUGCUUCCCAACUGGAACCAACAUAUGCCAGGACAGUUUAUCCAUGUUUUGAUGAGCCUGCCAUGAAGGCCACGUUUAAUAUCAGAAUUAUCCACGACCCAUGCUAUGUGGCUCUUUCCAACAUGCCUGCUAUUGACACAUCUGAGAUGAAGGACGAAAAUGGAAGCCUGUGGACUGUUACUACCUUUAACACUUCGUUGAAAAUGUCAACUUAUAUAACUGCUUUUGUGAUUUGCGAUUUUGAUUAUGUCACCAGAACUGAGCGGGGAAAUGAGAUACGUAUUUGGGCUCGGAAAGAGGCCAUUAAAAAUGGGUAUGUUGACUAUGCUUUAAAUAUCACGGGCCCAAUAUUUUCAUUUCUGGAAGACUUACUUAACAUCAGCUACCCGCUGCGAAAGACAGAUCUGGUUGCACUGCCUGAUUUUGGAGCAGGUGCUAUGGAAAACUGGGGGCUAAUGACUUUCCAGGAAUCAUCACUGAUGUACCUCCCAAGUGAUAAAUUCACAAGCAGAAAGGCAAUGAUUGCCAUAAUUGUGUCACAUGAGCUAGGACACCAGUGGUUUGGAAAUUUGGUUACAAUGAACUGGUGGAAUGAUCUGUGGCUUAAUGAGGGGCUGGCGUCUUACUUUGAGUACCUGGGAGCUACCUUUGUUGAACCCAAGCUUUCACUGGAUAAAAUCUUCUAUGAUCAUGUUGUACAACCUGUCUUAAGGGAAGACAAUGAAGUAGGAGUUCGAUCACUAUCAGAGAAUGAAGACAAGAUCAAAGGAUCAUUCUCAUUAAUUUCUCUGUUUGACAGCAUCACAUACAACAAGGGGGCUUCUAUUACCUGGAUGCUUUCUGGUUUUCUGACUGAGAAGUUGUUUAUGAAAGCUCUUCAUUUGUAUCUGAAAGAAUUUUCCUUUUCAAAUGCUAACCAAGAUGAUCUCUGGACCCACAUACAGAUGGUUGUAGAUGCACAGGAUGAAGUUCAGUUGCCAGCAUCUGUAAAAAAGAUAAUGGAUUCCUGGACAUGCCAAAAUGGGUUUCCAGUUUUAACAUUAAACAUAACCACUGGCACAAUCAGUCAGGAACAAUUUCUUAAUAAAAAGAAUGAAAACAUCAGUACUGAUUCAUACAACAACACAUGGAUUGUUCCUAUUUCUUGGAUGAGAAGUGGAUCAUCACGACCUCUAAUAUGGCUAGACAAAAGCAGCAAAAUUUUUCCUGAAAUGCAAGUGUCAGAAUCAGAAAAUGACUGGAUCCUGCUAAAUGUAAAUUUAAGUGGAUACUACAGAGUGAACUAUGAUCAGUUAAACUUAAAAAGAUUAGUACACUUGCUUGAAAAUGAUCCAAAGGCUAUUCCUGCUGUCAGCAGGUUCCAGCUCCUAGAUGAUGCUUUUGCAUUGACACAGUUUGGAUAUAUUCAGAUUGAAACAGCACUUGAACUAACAAAGUACCUUGCCAGAGAAGAUGAACUCUUCAUAUGGAAUGUGGUAUUGUUAAAUCUAGUGCCCGAGAAUCUGGAAAGUACUCUGAAAAACUAUGAAGUAUAUCCACUUUUAAAGAAAUACCUUUUAAAGAGAAUGUUGCCAAUAUACCAUUAUUAUGCAGGUUUUAUUCGUCAAAAUGUUGAUGCUUUGGAACAUGACUAUUUUGCACAAGUGUAUUUGGAAAAACUUUUUGCAACAGCGUGCUGGCUGGGUCUCCAAGACUGUUUGGACCUGUCAUCUGAACUGUAUACUAAGUGGAUGGACAACCCUCAAUACAAUAUUGGCACUGGUGAGUGACUAUUUAAAGUUUAUUUAUUCUUUUUAUUUGUAAUAGUGGUAAAAGAUUAAUGUUUUGGUUGUUAAUUCUGCCUCUGUUGAUAUGUGUGACUGGCUAAUUGAACUGAACCUGUAUUUAUAUUUUUAUUAGCCUUUUAUUGACCAUCCUCAUUUAAAAAAAAAAAAAAAAGUGCUUUGGAGAUGAAGCAAAAGGUUUAAAUGGGCUAAACACAUUCUAGUAUGUUCCAGAGAGAAUAUUUGUACUAUUCCACACUAACAGCAAGAAUACUAUUCUGAGCUCUGAGACUGUUUUCAAAAUAGUCACCCAUUUUCCCCUGUUAAGAAUACUCAAAAUUAUUUUUUGCUGAUGGAAUCCUAUAUACUUUUUCUGAGUUCAAGAGCUGACACGUCUAAGAAAUAUUAGCUGAUCUGGUUUUGGAUUACAUGGAGAAAAUUAAUUUUGCUAUCUUGUUUAGAACUGAGAUAAGUUCAAAGAGACUUGACAGUACUGAGCUUUGCAUGGCUAAAAAUGUGGGGAAAUAAUGCAAUUACGCGUUUUAUUAAGUGAAAGAAAUCGUGCUUUAUGGAAAAAGUCAUAUGACAGGAAUCUUAGGUUUCCAAUGACAGAUUGCAGUUCCUGUUCAGUUAAAGAGAAAGCUCUUCAUAUGCUGGAUAGGAGGGGAACAGGUCACAAUACACUUUUGACUCAAACUUCACAGAAAAGGUCCCUUUAUGUUACUUUAUGCUACGCUUGUAUGUUCUCCAUUCUGAGAGCAAAAGUCCU